AUGAGCAGUAGCGCAAGCACUACCUCAAGUGGCUCGUCAACGAUUAUUCAUGAAGAAUUCGAUGAGAAACCCACUUCGAACUUCUCGUGGCCUCCAGGUCAAGCAUUUCCCUUUGAACCAUUACCACCGUAUCCAGCAGGCCCAAAUCUCUCAAAAAUCCGUUACCCCCGUGAAGUGACUUGUCCCCGUUACGUUUGUCCCCACUGUGACGAACAAUUUCUGUUUCAUUCAACCAACGGACUCCUCACUUGUCCAUUUUGCUACACUUCCAUCGCAAUUGGGACCUAUAAUCGGAAACAGAUGUAUCUUAACUUUGUGGUUGGCACUAUUGUUCUCAUAAUUUCAAUGGUAAUGACAGUGCUAGUAUUCACAAUUGCAAAGGAUCAAGUGUAUCUUUCAAUUCCAGCAAUAAUGUUGUUCUUCGGAGCCAUCAUCUUCUUCACAAAGGCGUUGCAGUCAAAAGAUAGUUAUGAAGAGGCAAAGAUUCUGAUUGAAGAUAUGGAUGUCUAA